AUGGAUUAUUUUUAUUUAAUUUAUCGACUACGUUCUAUAUUGUCUGCACUUUUUUACCUUUUCCUAAUUUCUGCACAACAGAUUCAUGGAUUACAGAGUCUGAGAUUAGGACAUUCCUUCACACCGGAAAGAAAUCAAAUUGUACUACAGUCUCUAGAUUGCACAUUUUCCGCUGGGUUUUAUGCCGUUGGCACCAACGCCUAUGGCUUUGCAAUAUGGUAUUCUCAAACUCGCUUCCCGUAUACAGUUGUUUGGAUGGCCAACAGGGACAGACCUGUGAACGGCAAGGUUUCCCGUCUUCGCCUUCAGAAAGACGGAGACUUGGUACUUUUGGAUGCAGAUGGGAGCGCUGUAUGGAGAUCGAACACCAAAGGUCUUGAUGUGCAGGAAGCGGAGCUUUUACCUGCGGGAAAUCUGGUUCUACGUGGCUCUUCUGGACAAAUAAUUUGGCAAAGCUUCGACUCGCCAACUGAUACCCUCCUUCCCCAGCAGCCCUUCACAACGAACACACAGCUUAUUUCCAGAAUGGGACCGGAAAACUACAAGUCUGGCUACUAUCGUUUAUUUUUCAACGAUGACAACUACCUGAGCCUCAUUUACGAAGGGUUGAAUCUGUCCAGCAAGUAUUGGCCUGAUCCGUGGAGAAUUCCAGCUGCUAACGGCAGAAACACUUUUAAUAUUACUCGCAUAGCAGUUCUAGACGGAUCUGGUAGUUUCAGCUCAAGCGAUCAGUUUAGUUUCAAUGCGUGGGACAGUGGUGAUGGGCCCCUCAGAAGAUUGACUCUGGAUAUUGACGGUAACAUGAGAUUAUACAGCCUCAAUUCGCAAAACGGCAGCUGGGAAAUUUCGUGGGUCGCAAUUUCACGGCAGUGCAGAGUUCAUGGUUUGUGCGGUUUUAAUGGUAUGUGUACAUAUACACCAGAGCCCACAUGCGUCUGCCCGCCUGGUUUUCAAAGGGUGGACGAAAAUGAUUGGUUCAAAGGCUGUCGGCUGCUAAACAAGUUCUCUUGCGGUGCAAAUCAUUCCCAGUUUAUUCGGCUUCCAUACGCCGAUUAUUAUGGGUUUGAUUAUUUCGGAAGAUUUGGUAUGUCAAUAGAGGAGUGCGAAAAUUUCUGCAUGGAUGAUUGUAAUUGUCUAGGAUUUGGCUACAGACUUAGCGGCUCAGGCAUUUGUUAUCCAAAGUAUUAUCUGAUUAGUGGAUUUCAAUCUACAGAGGCCCCGAAUGACAUGUAUAUUAAGAUAUCCAUCAAUGUAUCUUCAGUCACCAAUAUUUCAUCUCUGCAAACGUUGCUGCCAUCUGACUUGGGUUCACCAUCAUGUUCGCUGCAAUCUGAAUCCCAACCACAACAACAAAAUAUUUCGUCUACAGUUGGAAAGAAGCGGUGGUCAAAUCAGCUGAUCAUUUCCUUGGUCUCUUUUGUUUCUGCUGUUGGGUUGACAGAAAUUGUUUGCAUAGUUCUGGGUCGGUGGUUUUUCAUUAAAGCCUUUCGCGAGGCCGAUGUCUAUAGUCGACAAGGCUACUUUUCCAUUCCAGGAGGGCUUAAAAGGUUUAAGUUUUCAGAACUUAAAAUGGCAACCAAUAAUUUCAGGGAGAGUGUGGGAAAGGGUCGAUUUGGAAGUGUAUACAAGGGUCUCCUUCUCCCCGAAAAUAAAAUGGUGGCAGUCAAGCGACUGGAAGGAGUGUCUCGAGGACAAGAUGAGUUCCGGGCUGAAUUAAGUAUGAUUGGCCGCGUCAAUCACAUGAAUCUGGUUACACUGUUUGGUUACUGUGCGGAGGCAAAGCACAGGCUGUUAGUUUAUGAGUAUGUAGAGAAUGGUUCACUUGAUAAGUAUUUGUUUACCCAAGACAGCUCAAGAGUCUUAGAUUGGAACACAAGAUUUCAAAUUGCAGUAGGCACGGCAAGAGGAUUGGCUUAUCUGCACGAGGAAUGCUUGGAAUGGAUUCUCCACUGUAAUAUCAAACCAGAGAACAUUCUUCUGGAUGAGCAGUUUCGUGCUAAAGUUUCAGACUUUGGAAUGGCAAAGCUGGUUGGCAUUGGGCAUGGAAAUAACGGUCUGGCCUUCUCUACCAUACGAGGGACGAGAGGAUACCUGGCACCAGAGUGGACGAUGAACCUUCCCAUCACAGCAAAGGCAGAUGUUUACAGUUUUGGCAUUCUUCUCUUAGAAUUAGUUAGCGGGCGGAAGGCUGCAGAACUUAAUAUGUUUGGGACUAAUUUUGUACAAUGGGCUUUUCAAAGCGUUAGAGAAGAAAGAUGGACGGAGCACAUGGUGGAUCCCAAAUUUGGAGGGAGAGAUAUGAAUUGGAAAUCAAAAGUGGAAAUGGAGAGGAUGUUAAAAACAGCGUUGCUGUGCAUUGAGCAGGACAAGGAUGGGAGGCCUUCCAUGAGUCAGGUGGUUGAGAUGUUAAGUGCAGCAGUAGGAGGGGAUGGAAUUUAGAGAUUGAUG